GGCUUAGGAGAUUUUUGCCCCAAACUUUUAUCUUUAUCGUUGUUACAUUCCUUGGCUCCCUCUCUCUUUUCUUCUGCGAAGUAUUGAGAAAGGAAGAGGGAGAAAGGGAGCGGCGAUGGCGGCGAACGCGGCGGACGUGGAUGUGGUGGACUUCGAGCCGGACGACGACGAUCUCAUGGACGAGGACGGCGGCGCCGACGUCGACGCCGCCCCCGCCGCCCCUCCCCACCCUAAGCUCCGCUCCACCAUCACGGGCGGUGAUCCCUCCGCCGGCCCCAAGAAGACCAAGGGCCGCGGAUUCCGGGAGGAGGCCGCCGUCGUGGAGCGCAACAACCGCUUCGCCGGCAGGGAUUUUGAGUCUCUCGACUCCAACGGCGGCCCCGGCCCCCAACGAUCUAUUGAGGGAUGGAUUAUACUGGUCACUGGAGUUCAUGAGGAGGCUCAAGAAGAUGAUCUCCAUAAUGCUUUUCGUGAAUUUGGGCAGAUCAAGAAUUUGCAUCUAAACCUAGACCGUCGUACUGGAUUUGUCAAGGGGUAUGCGCUCAUUGAAUAUGAGAUGUUCGAGGAAGCACAAGAUGCAAUCGCAGCACUGAAUGGAACUGAGCUUCUCACACAAACUAUUUUUGUUGACUGGGCAUUUAGCAAUGGUCCAUUCAAGCGCAGAAAUGCAAGGAGGAGAUCACCACGUGCUCACCGUUCAAGAAGCCCACCUAGGCGAAGAUAUUGAACUAUAUUAAUCCAUCAAAAUCAAGUGAGGCUAUGGUGUUUUCAGCUUUGGGAUUUGGAGAUCUGUUGUUUUUUUUUUUACCGGUCUGUUUAAUACCAACACCUUUUGAUACAUAUUAGUUGGAUUAUGUGACAGCUAUAUGCUUCAUCAACUGACAGUCAUAGUUGUUGCCCUUGUUCUUUGGAUUCUCUUUUGUGUCAUCUCAAAUGCAUGGAUUUUUGGAAGCUGUUUUUGUACUGAUGAUGUACUUAAUUGAAGGUCUCUGUUGACUGUGUCCGA